GCACUUUGGUGACCUCGGGAGGCGGGGCGGACGCACUGGCGACACAGACCCCCAAGAACGCGAGCAGCGCCGCGCCGCCUGACCGGGCUCUACCUGAAGCCACGACGCACCUGCACUUACGGAGCCUGACUGCACAUGAAAGCUCCCAAGACGCUGCGUUCCGCUUCGCGAGUUUUCCGCGGCGCCCCACGCCAGGGCGACGAGAUUAUGUAAAUGAGUGGAUUCCGGCGGAGCUAUCGUAUUGGCCAGCAGGACAAUGUGUGCCUGAGCCAAUCAAAGUGCUCCGUGGACAAUCGGCGUUCUGUCUAUAAAAGGGUGAGGCGGCGGCGUCUCGGGCGACUUUCCUGGUCGCCAGGCGGGAGGUUUCUGUCGUUAGUUCUGCGGGCUGCCGUCGCUGUCAUGUCUGGUCGUGGCAAGCAAGGAGGCAAGGCCCGCGCCAAGGCCAAGUCGCGCUCGUCCCGCGCUGGCCUGCAGUUCCCGGUGGGGCGAGUGCACCGCCUGCUGCGCAAAGGCAACUACGCGGAGCGGGUGGGGGCCGGCGCGCCCGUCUACAUGGCGGCGGUCCUGGAGUACCUGACCGCCGAGAUCCUGGAGCUAGCGGGCAACGCGGCUCGGGACAACAAGAAGACGCGCAUCAUCCCCCGUCACCUGCAGCUGGCCAUCCGCAACGACGAGGAGCUGAACAAGCUGCUGGGCAAAGUCACCAUCGCCCAGGGCGGCGUGUUGCCCAACAUCCAGGCCGUGCUGCUGCCUAAGAAGACGGAGAGUCACCACAAGGCGAAGGGCAAGUGAGGCUGGCGUCCGUCAAGCGCAGCCCGGCCCGCGUCUCGAAGGGGCACCUGCGAACUCAAAAGGCUCUUUUCAGAGCCACCCACGUUUUCAAAUAAAGGAGUUGUGAACGCCGGC